AUGCCUCCGAAUUGCCACUUUCAGAUCGACGAUGCCCAAUUGGACUGGACAUUUAAGCCGAAUUACUUCGACCUCAUCCACACGCGUUAUCUCUAUGGGGCCAUUGACGACUGGCAUAAGUUCUACCGACAAGCGCUCACUCACCUCAAACCCGGCAGUUAUUUCGAGCAUAUUGACUUUGAUCUUGAAACGCGGUCAGAAAACCCAAAGUUCAAGGAUGAUCCAGAGCAUGUCUUCAAGAAGUGGGCAUCCUUGUUUUUUGAGGCCGGUGACAAAGCCGGGCGUACUUUUAGGUGGCCUGUCGGCGGUCAACAUGUCGAAGAGAUGAGAAAGACAGGAUUUGUCGAUGUCGUACACAAGCAGUGGAAGGUACCCAUCGGCGGAUGGCCACGCGACCCGAGGCUGAAGAAGAUUGGGCUAUACAACGGACAUUACAUCGACCAAUCUCUCGAAGGCUAUGCUGUUUAUCCCAUUGGACAGAUUCUGGGCUGGAGCUUCGACGAGGUUACCGUGCUUGUCAGCAAGAUGCGGAAUGCUAUUCGCGACCCAAAGUCUUUACCUUACUUGAUUGUCCACUCCGUGGUUGGUCGAAAGCCAGAAAAUGCGGUUUCACUGGCUCAAUCACCUGAGACCUUGAGUUCUCCGGCCAGUAAUUGA